GAGUGCGUAAUUAUCGGUCAAAUUUUAUCGUCCGCUGGAGAGAAACUAAAAUUUUGGAGUAAAAUUUAUUUUUUCCGAGUAAUUUGUUUGAUAAUUUUGUAAAUAAAAAUGGUUCGUGAGAAAAGUUCAGUAGAACUUAUAACAGAUUUCUUUUAUAACUUUAUGGACGUUCCUGUAACGUUUUUUCGAGAGAAAAUCGUUGAACCAAAUCAACAAAAAUAUCCUUGGUACCAUCAAAAGUAUCGACGAGUUCCAACUGUCGAUCAAUGUUACACAGAUGAUCGUGUUUGUAUAUUUGAAGCUGAUGAACAAUUUCGAAGAGAUAGACUUGUAGACAGUGAAAUUUGUGACCUUUUGAAGCAACGUUAUGAGGAUUGUGCCAUUUAUCAAGGAGUCGUUGAUCGAGAAAGAUGCCAACCACUUUUAGAUGCCUAUGAAACUGCUACUGGAGCUUGGUUUUCUAAAUAUGGAGAUGUUGGUGUAAAUCCCAAUUCAAGAAAUGCAUUAAUGAAACAGAAACAUCGCAUGGUUUGGGAACGCAGACACGGUCCAAUUGGUAGUAAACCAAGAGAGUCUGGACCAUAUCCAUAUCGUUGGUUUGAAUUCGAUCCGAAUUGUAAUCGUGGACAGAGAGUUCCCGACAGCAUUAAACCUACACCUACAAAAAAUGAGAAGUAACAUGUUACAUACAUUAUUCACUUAGUAUUUAUAGGAUUAUUAUUAUCAAAAAAAAAAUUGUUUGUCUGCAAAUAAAGGGCGAUUGUUAUUUAA